AUGUUGUCAACAUUAGGUCGAUCACAGAUCACUCUACAAAAGGUCCUAAAGGCUCAAGUUGGUGGAGGCCUCCACCCACUAACCUUCACACCUAUGGCCAGGUACACAACCAUCACAUCUUCAAAGUCAAUGCUCAACACCGGUCACAACAUCAAUGUUGGUGCAAGACAAAUGCGCUCUACACUCUUUUCAAGAUCAUCAUCGUCAUCAAUCAUAAAUGUCGACACCCCAUUCAAUGUCAUUGGCCGCAACAGCAACAGCAACAUGAGCAGAAGUUACACAAGCACAUCAUCAUCAUCAUCAACUCAAGAACAAGAGAGUCAGAAACAAGAGCAGAAGCAAGAACAAGAAGAAGAGGUGGUCGAGGACAUUGGUAGAAAGAGAGUUGGAAGAUGGUUGUUGUUCUCAGCUGGACUUGUUGGUGUGAUGGUUGUAGUUGGUGGCAUCACAAGACUCACUGAAUCAGGUCUAUCAAUGGUCGAAUGGAAGCCCAUCGUCGGUGCCAUUCCACCACUCACUCAACAACAAUGGGAGGAAGAGUUUGAUCGAUACAAGCAGUAUCCCGAGUAUCAAAAAUUGAACAAAGGAAUGACAUUGAAUGAGUUCAAACAGAUAUUCUUCUGGGAGUACUCACAUAGAUUGAUGGGCAGAAUGAUUGGUGUGGCAUUCUUCUUCCCCUUUGUCUAUUACUUGCGCAAGGGAUACAUCGAUAGGACUCUGGCAAAGAAGUUGACGGCGAUAUUCUUGCUCGGUGGAGCACAGGGCGCACUCGGCUGGUACAUGGUCAAGUCUGGAUUGGACGAGAAGUUGAUCGUGGGCGAAGUGCCACGUGUCAGCCAAUACAGACUGGCCGCACAUCUUGGCUCGGCCUUUGUAAUCUACUCCUCACUGCUCUGGUAUGGUUUGGACCUGGUGUCGCCGAGACUCUCCCAGGCGGUCAAAGCAGGACUCAAACCAAAUGCAGCGACACUCAGUGUCCUGCGCUACGCCUCGCCUGUCGCCGGCAUGAUCUUCCUGACGGCCAUGUCUGGCGCAUUCGUAGCCGGUCUAGACGCCGGAUUAAUAUAUAACACAUUCCCACUGAUGGGAGGCCAGUGGGUGCCCGAGGACCUGAUCAAUCCACGCAUCCAACCAGCCUACAAGAACAUGUUUGAGCACGAUGUCACCGUGCAGUUCCAGCAUCGUGUGCUGGCCACACUGACCUACGCCUCAAUCCUCGGUCUGACACAAUUGGCUCGCCGUGGACGUGGUGGACUAACACCUCGCGCGAGAUUGGCCGCCAACAGUCUGGCUGUGAUGGGCACUGCACAAGUGAUCCUUGGUAUCUCCACACUCCUAACAUUCGUCCCAGUCUCACUUGGAGCCAGUCAUCAAGCUGGAUCCCUUACACUCCUUUCCAUAGCCAUCUGGUUACUACAUGAGUUAAAGAAGUUGCCUAAGUAA